ACACAGUUGAGUCCAUGCUUUCAGACUAUGACAUCCUUUCUCAGUCUAGCAUCCAGCAACACUCCCUGAAGAAGAGGGACCUCCAGCCUGAGACACACGUAGAGAGGCUCUUAAGUUUUUCAGCCCUGCAAAGGCACUUUAAAUUAUACUUAACUGCAACUGCUGAACACUUUUCAGAAAAAUUUCAAGCAUUAGUUGUGAAUGGUGAAGGCAAGGAAAAGGAGUAUCGUGUUCAAUGGCAAGACUUUUUCACCGGACAUGUCGUUGGAGAGCAUAAUUCCAAGGUUGUUGCACAUAUUGGGAAUGAAGACUUUACAGUAAGAAUCAAUACUGACGGAGAAGAAUACAAUAUAGAGCCACUGUGGAGAUUUGUAGAUAAUGUGCAAGAUGAAAGACUGCUGGUCUACAGAUCUGAAGAUAUUAAAGAUUUCUCACGAUUGCAGUCCCCCAAAGUGUGUGGUUAUUUAAAGCUGAACGAAGAAGAACUGUUGCCAAAAGGACUGGAAGACAGGAACCAAAAUGAAGCAAGCAUCCAUCGGAAGAAAAGAGCUGUUCCAGAGAACUCCAAAAACACAUGCAAGAUGUUGGUAGUGGCAGAUCACCGUUUUUUCAAGUACAUGGGCCGUGGGGAAGAGAGUACUACUAUAAACUAUUUGAUUGAAUUGAUAGACAGAGUAGAUGACAUCUACCGAAAUACUUCCUGGGACAAUGGAGCCUUCAAUGGGUACGGCAUACAGAUAGAGCAGAUUAUCAUCCACAAUGAGCCAAAUCUUGUAAAACCUGGAGAAAAGCAUUACAAUAUGGCAAAAAGUUACCCAGAUGAUAAGAAAGAUGCCUGGGAUGUGAAAAUGCUCCUAGAG